AGGGAAGCAGGGUUAGAAAAACGAUCCACGAGGUGAGAAAUCUGUUACUUCAGGAAAGGAGAAUUUAAAAGAGGUAGACCUCCAGACAGCCUGCCUAGGCUACCAUCCCUCCCAGGGAGCAGACCGAACGAAGGCUUUCACAAAGACGGUGGUGUCUGGCUGGCUUAAAGGGCAAGCUGAGACUCAAACACUUUAACCUAAAACUGUUUCAAGCAGUUUUGUACUAAGAGCUCCCGCAUCCAUCCUGACAUUUUGGGAAAUACAAACGAGAUACAACAGGGCACGUAAUUGGGAAAAUGUUAAGAUGUAAAGCCAAGUAAACUUAAGCUUAACAUGGUACGCACAUACACACAGAAGAACCUUGGAGAGCUAAGCUACUUAAGAUAAAUCUUUAUGCAACAACUCGGUAAAAACAGAGCCAGCUGGGAGGCCGAGGAAAUCCCUUUGCCUGGCACAGGGCAGCAGGGUCUGAAGGUAGUUGGGCCAAGCACGCAAACCAUCACCACUGAGUGAAGAUCACAGGGAAAGGGGCCUUACCCCGGCUUCAGCUUACAGCUUUGAACACAAAACUGUCACCCUUCGCUCUUUAUAAAUAACUCCUAUUAGGAGUGGAGCAGAAGACUCACACAUACAUAUUCGAGAAUGGAAACAGAUCCCAUUUAUAAUCAGGGUCCCUCUCAGUGAGCAGACUGCAGGCCCAGACAGGUGGUCUGGCCGGCCACCUCCAAUGAAAAUGCCUUGGGAAAAGCCAAAAGAGCUCUCUGCUAAGCACCACUGUCAGCUAAAAAGGGAAAGAAAUCCCUUUUAAGGAAGCUAUUUAACUUCAAUAGGCUGCUUUUCUGCCAGGAUUUUCAAUUUCUCUGAACUUGAGCCGAACCACAGACUGCCGCACGUAUGUCUGGAUCCUGGCUCCCCCCGCCCUGUUCUCAGAGCUUCAGCACCAGUUGUUAGCCAAAAAUAAACACCAUUCCUCAACCAUAUAUGUCCACCAGCCCAGAGCCAGGGAGGAGGAGGAGGAGGAGGAGGAGGAGGAGGAGGAGGAAGGUCAGGUCCCUGGGUGCACACCAUGCACAUCACCCAGCUCAACCGGGAGUGCCUGCUGCACCUCUUCUCCUUCCUGGACAAGGACAGCAGGAAGAACCUGGCCAGGACCUGCCCCCAGCUCCAGGACGUGUUUGAGGACCCCGCACUCUGGCCCCUGCUGCAUUUUCGAUCCCUCCUAGAGCUCAAGAAGGACAACUUCCUCCUGAGCCCGGCCCUCAGGAGCCUCUCCAUCUGCUGGUACUCCAGCCGCGUGCAGGUGUGCAGCAUUGAGGACUGGCUCAAGAGCGCCUUCCAGAAGAGCAUCUGCAGCCGCCACGAGAGCCUGGUCAAUGAUUUCCUCCUCCAGGUGUGCGACAGGUGCCCCAACCUGGCGUCCGUCACGCUUUCAGGCUGCGGCCACGUCACCGACGACUGCCUGGCGUGCCUGCUGCGCUGCUGCCCGCGCCUGCGCGCGCUGCGCCUGGAGAACUGCGCGCGCGUCACCAACCGCACGCUGGCUGCCGUGGCGGCGCACGGGCGCGCGCUGCAGACGCUGCACGUGGACUUCUGCCGCAACGUGAGCGCCGCCGGCCUGCGCCGCCUGCGCGCCGCGUGCCCGCGCCUGGCGCUGCGGGCCGAGCACAGCGCAGCCAUGAUCCCGGACCAGCUCCCGAGCGCGCCCGGCACGGCCGCUCGCAAGCUGCUGCCGCGCUAGGCCGACCACGCCGGGGCACGACACCCAGCCAAGGGCCCCGGGCGGAAAGAGCGACCUGGCUUCCAACCCCAGCCCCUCCACCUCCCAGACUGUCGCCACAUCUCUGAGCCUCAGUGUCCUUGUCUGCAAAACGGGGACACUAAUGCCUACCUCACAUUACGGUUUUACGCACCGGAGUGCGAGAUUAGCCGGAUGCUGGGAAAACACCCGGCUAGCCCUCACUGAACGCCAGCAUCCAACCCGACGCCUUUCCGCCCCGGGCCCUCCGCCACUCGCUGUCCGCAGCAGGGGAGAGGCCCACACCAUCCCCUGGGACUGCGACCGCCGUCGGGGGCCGAAAUAACCCCCACGGGCAGGCGUGGCCACCCGGUAGAGCGCGGGCGCAGGCGCCGUGGGGACGGGGCGGGACGACCCGGGCGGCCGAACGAGCGCCGCAAGCUCGCCCCGCGGCCGUGCGUGGCCCAGGCUCCCCGCGAGCGUAGCCGCCCGCUGCACCAGCGGGCGGGAGGAGGGGGAGAGCCGGGGCGCACAGCCGGAGCGAGCCCCCCCAGCCCGCCACCGCGGCCCCUGCCGUCCGCGCCUUCGCUCGGCGCUCGGGCCUGCCCACACACACGAUUCUAGAAAAUUCGCUGGUCGAUAUGAUUCUGAACAUAAACCACAUAGUUAUCCUAAUUUUAUACCGUUCUCGCAUCACAAAGACAUUAGAAAGCAUCUGGAAAACCCUAAGUAAAGACUUGAAAACAAAAGCAGCAGCCCUGGUUAAGUCCUUUGAUAAUGAAACCACUAGAGGCGCAUACAAAGUUAAAUUUUUACCUGCUGGAUUUGCUCAACGUGGGCACACACCUCGACCUCAGUUGCAGAGCUUUAGUCACUGAUGUCCCACCUUUGGCCGCCAAAGUAUAGGCUCCCGGCCCCGCAGCAGCCUCCUGGUCCCAGGUACACGGUGAAAACUUGGGUAAGAGGGGAAGGCAGGGAGCACAGCGGGCUGGUGGGCCAUGCUCACGCUCCAGCUCCGCCCAGCACCAGCUGGGACCUGGGCCCUUAAGUCACCUGAGGCCAGGUGUUUCUUGUCUGAGAAAGCGGAUCUGGACCCAUACUCACCUGUUGCCCAAUAUUGGGGAACCGGCAAGGAAAAAAGAGAAAUUACAAUUUUUUCUCUAGUAGGAUUAGAGACAGUAAAUACUUGGUAUCUAAGAAGCUAAUAAGGCUACGGUGGGGGCGGGGGAUGGGGAGCACCAGGUAAGGGAUAACUGGCAAUUGCUGGGGAAGGCUUGGGGAGGGGGAAAGCGACCUAAAAAGGGCUGACCAGUGUGAGCCUCGCCACGUGAAGUGAGGCAGGGAGCCGAGCGGCAUCUGGCAGGAAAAUAGUGCACGCGCAGGGAAUGAUAGCUCGUGCAAGGGCUGCAGAGCAGGGGCCUGGCCUGCGAGCUGGGGGCCAGGAGAGCAGUGUGGCGGGAGCAGAGUGAGUAAGGGGGAAAGGGGAGCAGGAAAGAUCAGAGAACUAGGGAUGUGGGUGGCUGUAGAGGCCUCACAGGUUACUCUGAGCAUGAAACGGGAGCUGCAGCGCCCCCACGCCAACCUACUCCCAGCAGGAGCCAGGGUCCCAAGCCAGAGAUGAUCGCCAGGUGAGGGCCGGAGGGGCUGAAAUUUCUCCAGGCAGAACCUGGGGUGGGGCAAGCAGCAACCCACCCCAUCCCAACCCCUCCAGGGCCUGCUGGAGGCCUCACUUGCUGUCCCCGGCCCCUUGUUGGGCCAGCGCUGGGCCCAGAAGCAGGUGGGUGUUGGCACUGAGGCCCGGCCUGGCACAAUCCCUCACCCCUGUGUGGGGGGAGAGCCAGCCCCCUCAGGCUGUCAGCUGCAGGGGAACAGGAGGACCCCACUUCCUCUGGGUGAUUUUCCAGUUUACCCCCCAUAGCUCUGGACUCUGGAAAGAGGCCUUGCGGGGAUUUUAUUUUCCCACUACUGCAAACGGUGUUGAAAAAAACGCUUAGGCUUCCAGGGGGAAACAUGUUUAUUUAAAACAGCACCACUUAGGGACGCCUGGGUGGCUCAGUCCUUAAGCGUCUGCCUUCGGCUCAGGUCAUGAUCCCGGGGUCCUGGGAUCGAGCCCCGCAUCGGGCUCCCUGCUCCUCGGCAAGCCUGCUUCUCCCUCUCCCACUCCCCCUGCUUGUGUUCCCUCUCUCGCUGUCUCUGUCAAAUAAAUAAAUAAAAUCUUAAAAAAAAAAAAAAAAAAAAACCAGCACCACUUAAACCCCAGGGCUUUGCUUUUAUUAUUUCUGAUAAGCCUGAAUUGCCAGCAGGUCCUGUUUGCCCUGAGCUGAUGGUUUAGUGUGGGGGACAAUAGAGUCCUAGUUUCUGUCUCUCCUCUGACUGAGAGCCAGUCACCCCUCUCCAAACCUCAGCUUUUAAAUCUGUGUAUUGGGAUUGCUGGAGAAUCUUGCUUGCAGGGUUCUAGUAAGGAUUAACACAUGUUCGUAAAGCCGAAGUCACUGCAAGUUCAGCUCAAAUAGGGUAACCUGAGGCCCCUUUCCUUUUCCCCAUGGAAGCUUCUUCUUUUUUUUUUUUAAAGAUUUUAUUUAUUUAUUUGACAGAGAGAGACACAGUGAGAGAGGGAACACAAGCAGGGGGAGUGGGAGAGGGAGAAGCAGGCUUCCCGCGGG